UUUAUUUGAUCACACUGUUGUUUAUAACUUUAUAUCACAUAAAACCCCUUUCCCCCACCUUCAUUUAUCCAGCCUCAAUCUCUCGAAAUUUUGAUCAAAUCUCUGCGGAGCAAGGGAUUUCAGGAAAUGGGUCCUGCGAAGAAUUCGAUUCAGGGUUUAUUGAGGAGGGCCAUCAGCAUCAACAGCAGCAGAACAACAACAACAAAUGGGGCGAGACGUCUGUGUGCAGUUCCAGAGAAGUCAAGCUCAACCUCUUCUUCAUCCUCUUCUUCCUCUGAUGAGCUGAUUAAGAUGGAGCAGAGCCACAGUGCUCAUAAUUACCAUCCAAUUCCUAUGGUAUUUUCUCAAGCCAAGGGAACAUCUAUAUGGGACCCUGAAGGCAACCGGUACAUUGAUUUCCUAUCAGCUUACUCUGCAGUGAACCAGGGACAUUGCCAUCCAAAAGUUAUGAAAGCCUUAGUUGAACAGGCAGGACGUCUUACACUUAGCUCUAGAGCCUUCUAUAAUGAUAAGUUUCCAAUCUUUGCUGAGUAUUUGACACGCCUAUUUGGAUAUGAGAUGGUUCUACCAAUGAAUACGGGUGCUGAAGGCGUGGAAACUGCUCUGAAAUUGGCACGAAAAUGGGGUUACGAGAAAAAAAAUAUACCAAAGGACAAUGCUAUUGUUGUGUCUUGCUGCGGAUGUUUUCAUGGCAGAACUCUAGGGGUAAUAUCCAUGAGCUGUGAUAAUGAUGCAACUCGAGGUUUUGGUCCCUUGGUUCCUGGUCAUCUAAAAGUUGAUUUUGGUGAUACUGAGGCACUUGAAAAGAUAUUUAAAGAACAUGGAGACCGGAUAUGUGGUUUUUUGUUUGAACCCAUUCAAGGGGAGGCAGGGGUUGUGAUUCCACCUGAUGGCUAUCUGAAAACGGUUAGGGACCUCUGCACUAGACAUAACAUUUUGAUGAUUGCUGAUGAAAUUCAAACUGGCAUAGCACGGACUGGAAAAAUGCUAGCAUGUGACUGGGAAAAAAUCAGGCCUGAUGUCGUGGUACUAGGAAAAGCCUUAGGUGCCGGAGUCAUCCCAGUUAGUGCUGUGCUCGCUGACAAGGAUAUCAUGCUGUGCAUCAGACCGGGAGAACAUGGAAGUACAUUUGGUGGAAAUCCUUUGGCGAGUGCAGUUGCAAUUGCUGCUUUGGACGUAAUCAAAGAUGAAGGACUAAUAGAGAGAGCUGCUAAAUUGGGUGAAGAAUUCAGGGACCAGUUGGUGAAGAUUCAACAGCAAUUCCCAGAAAUCGUAAAAGAGGUACGAGGAAGAGGACUGCUUAAUGCCAUAGAACUAAACAACAAAGCUCUAUCCCCAGUCUCUGCUUAUGAUAUAUGCCUUAAGUUGAAGGAAAGAGGGAUUCUUGCAAAGCCCACUCAUGAUACUAUAAUCCGAUUGGCUCCUCCGCUCUCUAUAAGUUUGGAGGAGCUUAAGGAAGCAUCGAAGGCUCUCAGAGAUGUGUUGGAGAUUGAUUUACCGAAGAUGAAGAAGGAAAUGCCUCGGAAGAAAACCUCGAAUGUGACUCAUCCUUGCGACAGGUGUGGACGUGAAUUAUACUAACUCGUCCGAAGAUUGAUAUACGGUUAUUUCCGCGAUAAUUUCUAUUCUUUCUGGCAUAUGCAAGCUCAAGCAUUUAGAACCGAGCUAAAUACUUAAUAAAUUUUAGAGCGCUGUCACCUAUGUAUGAACUUGGGAAGAAAUUGCUUAAAUGUUUGUUUUUUCUAAUUAUUCAAGAGUAUAUGCUUUCUAUCAUCAAAAGACAUGAGAUUUCUUCUUAUUAUAUAAAGAAUAACAGUCUGAUGUAGGACG